AUGGUGGAUUCCCCAUUUGCUGAGGAACCGCUAUCUGCAACUCAGCCAGCAGUUACACCCGCCAUUCUUUGCGCAGGAGGGCGGCCGAGAGGCGAUGCCGCUACAUCUGUCCAUGACCUACUCGUCGUAGAGAGGGACAACAACACAGUCUCUCCGACCCCAGGUCGUUUUUCUCCUUUGUCGGCAUUUGCGGGGACCACCUGUAUCAGUAGACAAGCAGAGGAAGGCCCGGCAGUGGACCUUUACCCGUCCCUCGUGCCACUGCCAACCCCCGCGUCUAUGACUCACAUGCACGGAUCUUCUGCCGACAGUGGAACCUCAAUAUCGCCAUUGCGUAUCACCAACAAGGGCCUUCCGGAUGAGUCGGACAGCAAACGUAACAGUCCGUCGAAAGAGUCCUUCCCAGACACCAGCGAGAACAUAGAUCCCGUGCAGCACCAAAUGGAGCAGCAGCAACAAGAGUCAGAAACUACCCUGAAAAAUGGGAGGUCCUCAGUUGCCGCUUCGAGUGUGGAGCGUUUCGCGUCAUCGCGUUGUUCCAGUCCUUUGCUGGAAGAGAUGGCUUCUCCUGGCUCGCGCGAAGCGGCACCUGUCAGGAGCUCUCCGAGGCCAGAGCAGCAUGAAGCGACGGCCGCUAUGUCUGAACAGCGCAUUGAUGCAGCGUGGCAGAGACACGUUAGGUCAUGGUGCAGCACAAGUAGCUCUCUGGAAUCCUCUAUCUCGGAUUUGAGACUGAGAGAGGAGACUCGGCGCAACACGAAGCGAAACGCAUCCCCUCUUAGUGCCAAGAAUCUACGUGAGCACCUGCAACAGCUGCAGCCACAACUGCAGCGCUCAAGGAAAAGCAGCAGCCCUAUUCGCCCUCAACAAACAACAGCUGCGGUUUCUGCCUCUGCUCCCUCUACCCCCCUGCGGUUCCACGUAGCUUCCUGGCAGCAACAGCGCCAGGACCGCUCGGAUGGCCGCACACCUCCGAGGCCCCAACAUACAGGCGCAAUAGCAGCUUCAUCCAGAGCAGCGGCAACGCCCGUGAGUACAGCCGCUGCGGCUGCAGCAGCAACCCCAACUUUUGAGCGUUCUAUUAAAGGAGGCAGUUCGGUUAGGAGCAUCUUGAGAGCUGCCUCGGCCUCAGGGAGUGCGAACAGUCUUUCUGCUCGUCGUGUUGUCUUCACGCCCGUCGCUAAGACCCAUGGUCUUGCUGCUGAUGUAGAGGGGGAAGCAUCUCCGUGGAUCAACCAACGGGCGGCUGCGGGUGGGGAAGCCACCCCUUGCAGCUCUACUGCAACCGCGCUCAAGCCUGCCGAAACAAGCGCGGCUGCGCGUGUGCCUGACUGCGGCGAGCCUCCAUCGGCAAUGAGCUCAGAUUCUGUCCCUAUCCUCGAACAGCAAGAAGAGCAGCAGGCCAAGUCUGUCGCCUCCACUGAACAUUCAAGCGGCGCCUCCGAAGACCGCAGGAGGGGCUCGGCAAAUGACUCUUCCGAGCAACUGCAGCAAGAAACGCUGCUGCUGCAGCAGUCACAGCCUGAUGGGGGUGGUGGUGAGGCUCAACAGCUACAUCAGCAGCGGCAAAAGAGCGCCCAAAGUUAUAUGGCAACUGGGAACGUACAUCUAGAGGCUGAAGCUGCGUCAGAGGGGGAGGGUGCCGCAGUUGCAAUAACAACAGCAGAGGCAAUACAAACGGGAAAGCUGGUGCCGCGAGCGCCGCUGAUGACGGAGGCCGUUACGUUAGCGGAAUCUACAUCUGACCCGACUUCAGCCCCAAUAACGGAACCAGCCGGGGUGCUUGACGCACAGUCUGAAGAAGUACCCUUGCCAGUGCAUGGGUCCGGACAUGCGGCAGCAGAAACAGCGGCGGAGGUUGUCACUGCCGCCGCAGCAGAAACCGAUGGUGACCUAGAAACGGAAGCAAAUGAAGAUGCUGCUGCACAUGUCUUGCAUGCCCCGUCAGUGACAACAGCCCAAGUCUCUGCGGGAAAUGCAACAUGUGAGGCUGAUCCGCCAAGAGCGCCAUCAACAGCUGAAAGGGGCGAUGGUGCUACUGAUUCUGUCAAGACCAGUGGUGGAGACGUCAGCUACUGCAGCUCUUCCACUCGUGUGUUGGUGAUGAGCAGUGAAGGAGAAACGGAAUUGUUGCUUCAGUCGACAUCUUGCCUCGUGGCUCCGUCCCUUAGCGAGCCCUUGUGUUCAGACCCGACGCCUCUACGGAAGGCCCCUGCCAGGCCGCCUUCUGGGCCUGAGGCACGCGCAGCAGCCGCAGCAGCAGCAGCAGCAAGGGCCCGUAAUUCAUUUGCCGGUGCCUCUCCAGUUGCUGCUACUGCUGACUUCCCAGCUGCUGCUGACGGUGCUGUAGUGGACGCCUCGACAGCAACAGCAGGUCAGAAGACUCCUCAGCAGACGGUCAAUGAGGAACUAAGCGCUUGUCGGGAACAAUCAGCAGCGGCGGGACAUCUGCCGCUGCAGCAACAGCAGCAGCACGGGCAAGGUUCAGUGCCCAUCUCGGAUGAGUAUACCAGAGUUACGCCAGAGCCCGGCCAGGUAGUGCACCAAGAAACGUCGAGCCACACGGCGAACGUGGACGCGCACGGCUCAGAAGCUGCCGUUACUGCCAUUUCUGGAAUCGCAGCAGUCCAAACGGAUGCUGACGGGGGCCAUCCGAACCCACUUAGUCAAAGUGCACAUUGUGGCCCACAGUUGGUUCAACCGCAGCACCAGCAGCAACAAAAUGUGCACGAUGAAGGGGAGCUUGAGUCGCCUGACGCUUCUGAGACAUCCUCAACUCCAGUAACACCAUUCGCCGGCCCUGACCCUCUAAGUGGAGACGCGCCGCUAUCCCCCAGGCUGGCAGUCCCGUCGGGUAGAGGGGGGUCGCGGAUUGUGAGCACAUCUGCUAUGUCGUUCCUUCUUAGUGUCAGGCAUCAGCUUGAGGCGGAGGCAGCAGUUCAACAUGACCGACAGCGGGAACAGCAAGGAGAGCUGCAGGCCCAGCUGGAACUACAGGAGGAAGAUUUACCUUUCCGCGACUCGCGUGAACCAAGCCUGUGCAGGGAAGGCGCCCAAGCAACGGAAGAAAAUUCGCAGGCGGAGCCACAGCAGCAGGAGCAGUUGGAGCACCGGGAGAAAUUGGGGCAACGGGAGCAGUUGGAGCAGCAGCAGCAGUUGGAGCAGCAGCAGCAGUUGGAGCAGCAGCAGCAGUUGGAGCAGCAGCAGCAGUUGGAGCAGCAGCAGCAGUUGGAGCAGCAGGAGCAGGUGGAGCAACAGGAGCAGCAGCAGGUCGAUGCCGAAGAGCGGCAGCAGCUACUCGAUAAGUCCACCGCCAGCCCCAAUAGCCGCCAGCAGGAGCAGCAAGAGGCUGAAAGCGUGCAAACACCUGGCGAAUCGCAUAAUGCAGCAGAGGCGGAGGGCGAUGCUGCACUGCCUGGGGCUGCUGCAUCGACUGCGGCAAUUGCUGCCACUACCGGCAGCUGCAGCAGCAGCGCACCAAAUGAAGCGCCAGAUUCUCAGGAAUCGCCCUCCAAACAUCCAUGCAGGAACUCAGAUUCUCGGAGUGCAGACUUAGGAGGCUCAGACAGCCACAGCAGCAGCAGCAGCGUGCUCUUGGGCAGCGUGACGACGACUGGCGCCAAAGAGGACAACAGUAGCAGCAGGAACCCUCCGUGGCGCACACAAUGGAGGGCGUUAGACGCGCUGGCGAAUAGGCUGCUGCAGGGCCUACCAAAGGCCCCCACUGUCAUUGCUGAAGGGGAAGGUGGCUCGCCGCUUGCAGCGAGGGAGCCACAAGCAGCAAUAUUAGCGGUGCAGUCUGCACCAGGGGCAAGGGAAACAGGUGCUGCUGAAUUAUCUGGAGAGACAGAGCCUGCUAUUCCGCGUAUAUCGUGGGUUGACUACAGGGAGGAACGUCUGCGAGAACUGCAGCUGUGCGAAAAAGAUCAUCACGAGGUAGAAAUGCAGCGCGAAGACAUUGACAAUGGCGGCAUGCACGAGGGAAACGAUGAGCUUUCGGAUGUGCAGCAGGUUUUAAAGCACCGGCUGAUGAAGCGCGGCUUUGGAGUCGCCUCGGCAGCAGCAGAACAGCUACUAAUGCAUCCAGCCAAGACACGGAGCGAGUGGAGGGAGCUCUGUGCGAGGACAGAGGAGUCGCUUCAACAGCAACUGCGCCACCAGAUUGAACCUUUGGCUCAACAGAUGACUCGGGACUUACAGCAACUGGAGGAGGCUCUAGAAGCUGCAGCCAGCGGGGCUGAGAGAGCUGCGGAGGCAAAGCGUCUUCGUCUUAGUAGGGAAUCGUGGGAGUCGGGAUUCGUCGCUCUGGCGGAGGAGCGGCACGUUGCUCUGCAGUCUGCCGCCAGCAACGUCGAUACUGCAGCGGCCUCUUUGGGCCGUAUGCUGGAACAGGAGACACAGCUGGCGGAAGAAAUAGCGGCCAUGAAAGCUGAAAUAAGAGGGUUCGACAACACCAGUGACGACCUGCGGCUGCUGGCGGAUAUUCGCCACAAGGAGAGCAUUGUGAAGGCAUUUGAACGGCUUAGUGGCGUCCGCAUACAGCGAGUCAGCACAACAGGGCUAGUUGCCGAGUUGGCUUGGCCGCGAUCCCUUCCUGCUGCUGUUGCUCUCCAAAUACCUGCGGAUACUUAUGCUAAGGAUGCAAUGCUACCGCGUGCAAGCACUAGCAAACUUUUUAAUCGCCUUUAUGGAGCAGGUGACUACCCCGCAGCAUCAACGAGAAUCACGAUUUCGUGGAGUAAAGAAGAGACGCAGCAAAUGCAGCUGCAGCGCCACACGCAACCGGCUCCUGUGCGCGUCGCCAUAACAACAACUGCAGCAGCUGCUGCUGGAGCAACAACUGUAACUGAACCGGCUACCCCGGUUCGACAGCGCGUACAGAUCGUGAGGCCGUGUCUUCCCCCAGGAGGCCUUCCUACGGACUCCACUGUAUGCACCCCACUGCUGGCUUCUCGCCGAGGAAGAGCAUAUGGGGCGGAUACAGCACCUUCAGCAGAUGCUGCGGCUCCUGCUGCAGCAGACGCUGCAGCAGCAUGUGCAGUUGGUGUUGGGCCCCAAUGGAAUCAGCAGCAGCCGCCAUCAGCUGUAGCUGGAGAACCUCGAUUCUUGCCCAUAACGAGUUGCAAGCUGCAGUCUCGCUUCCCUGUGUUACGCUCUGUCGGAGCAACUGUUGCUUCGGGGACCGCUGGUGGUACAACGAAUUCCGAAGCCCUACCACCUCAUAGACGAUGGAUGUUCACCGUAGAGCUGUUACGUUAUUAUCUGUUGGGAGCUGUACAGCGGUCACUGCAACAGAUAUUGCUACAGCAAGGACCAAGAUGUGGCGGAAACGACGUGCGUACGGGAGCCCCAACAGUACAGGAGUCGUUUUGCGUCACUCCCGCCGCAGGAGCCGCUCCUGUAUCUCAUCUGUCCAACUUUGGCAUGAGAGGGCUUAGUGGCAGUGACGAUAUGACUAGCCGGUCUUCCACUGAGACUGGAAGCAGUAGCAGCGCAGCAGAAGCCUCCGAAUUGCGCCAGCGCGCUGUUGGGGCUCCUCCCUUCCCGGAUUUGUCCACUGUCAGGGCCCUGUUGCUACAUGCACAUGCAGCUGCUGGGAGGGUCGCGCUGCUUCAUGACCAGUUGCUCCUGCUCCUUCAUGCCUUCACGAGCGUCACUUCUGUCGACUUUGAUGACCGAGGAGAGGAAGCGUCACUGCCUCAUUUAAUUUUUAAGACAUUUCUAGCACCCAACAAGGACGAGUUGCCAGUGCUUCAGUUGUCCCUUACAAUUGACCUAAGCGAAGCGCUUGCACGCGGCUCUAUGUUGCUUGCGGUAGAGGCUGUAGAGGUAAAGUGUCUUUCGGCGCUUGACGAUAUGUGCGCUGACGGGCAACAAGCAUGUAAUGGCCUGCGAAGCGCUCUUUUGACUCGUCUUGAGGCCUUGUGGGAUUCAGAGAAGCAAACGCUUUCGUCCGAAGGGUGCAUAAAGGCCUUCUCUGACCAGGGACUCGUGGAGUGUCUGUACUCCGCAUGCGAUGAAUGUGGCUAUACCAGCGCUGUAGAAGACUGGCGGCUUGAUCAUGCUGCAACCGCACAUCCGGAGGGCGAUGGUUUCACAGCCUUCGCUUUGUGGGGAUCUACAGAGGCUAAAGAGCUAGAACGGUGGACAGCCCUUCUGGAGGACGCGGGUAUUGCACCCCUCCUGUCCUAG